AUGAACCCCACACAACAGAAAUACUCGGCGUACGAUCAAGAACUCUUGCCGUUCGUCACGGCCCUGGACAAGUGGUCUCAUUUGCUCCGUGUCACCAGAGUUACCGCUCAUACAGAUCACCAAGCUGUUACGCAUCUCCAGCGAUUCCAAGCAUCGAAGCCUCUGCGCGGACGCACCGCCCGCUGGUUAGACUUCCUGGCCGAGUUCCCGGAUUUGCACAUCGCCUAUCUUCAAGCAGCGCGCAUUCAAGUGGCUGAUGCCUUCUUUCGCCGUUCCGGUCUUCCUAACACCUGCUCACACGACACACCAUCGACACCCCUCAUGCUUGCAGUAACACAAGCGCGCGCAGCUUCUUGCACUCGUGGUCGGCCUGCCAACCACAAGGAGCUCGCCGGAAUUCGUUCGCAACGAUCCAGACAACGCACCUUGCCAUCACCACCUACACCUCCGCCGCCUGAGACCAAUCCAGAGGCGGAACAUCCUACACCUACAACGAAGACUCGAGCUGACCCUCCUGGGGCGCCUGAAUGGCCGCAAGCCUACUCGAAGUGUCCUGUUUUCCGCGCUCCCUACGAAGCCUCUGCAAAACAACCGGGAGACGCUAUACAGAUAGAGUUUCGCAAUCGUCACGUCACCUUUCGCUAUGUGCCGCCUUACUUGCAUAUUUAUCUUCCCCUUACAACGACAGGGCACGACUCGAUUCUCGUGAUGGUCGACUCCCCCAGCAAGAUAGCUCAUUUCGUUCCUGCAAAGAAGUCAUUCACAGCAGCAGACACCGUGGAGCUUCUCGCAGACCGUCUUAUCGGCUAUCACGGAUUUCCAGAGGUACUCAUAUCGGACCGCGAACCCCACUUUCAGUCGGACCUCUGGCAACAACUAUGUCACCGCUUUAACAUCAAACAGGCUAUGUCCUCGUCCUACCAUCCGCAAAGCGACGGUCAGACUGAAAGGGUUAACCGCACACUGGAGCAGAUGCUUCGUACCUAUAUCCAAUCUGACGAACGCGAGUGGGAGCGUUUGCUUUCGGCCCUGGAACUUGCUUACAACACGACAAGUCAUUCAUCUACAGAGGUAUCUCCCUUCGAGGUCAUGAUUGGCGAGAAUCCGUUGACUGCUGCGAACCUUGAUAUGGUAGGCGCGUUAGCUCUUCCCCACCGUCCCGGCCCUCGCGAUUUGGUUCUCCCGGAAGCCGACGUCGGCUGUCCCCUUAUCCGCGAUGCAGCAGGCACUCCAACAGAGGAGUGUGAAGUUGAUUAUAUUAUGGACCAACGCGGCUCAGGAGAUGAAGCUCAGUACCUCAUGAAGUGGCACGGGUCCCUUGAAGACAAGCCACAUGGGAGCCAGCUCACCACCAUACAGGCUUCCCGGCUUUACUUCGCGCUUGGCGCCGCCGCCAGCGAAGACGUCUUCAGGCUCGAAACAAUCUUGGUCCUUACGAGGCGUAGAGGUUUGGAUCCGUCACUUUUCACCGCCUGCAGGACGGGCAACAUUCGACGAGGAGGGAGGAGGGAGCGCUGCGUACCGCAUGCGCUCACAACGUUAGCUUCAGAAGAGAAUCGAGAUUGA